UCUGAGUAAGUUUGAUUAACUUGCGCAGGUGCUCUUUUCAAUUUUCAGAAUCUAUUUGGAUUUCAUUAAUCCGUUUUGUUGUAAACAAAUAUCACGAAGGAAAAAAAUAUCGCAAAAUAGAUUGAGCUGUUCAAAACGUUGGCAGUAAUUGAAAGUAUAGAAGUACUGACACAACUAAAAAUUUAAUCUUUAGCACAAGAUGUACGAUUACAACAUUACAAGAGAAAACUCAUAUCCAACUCCACUUGCAAAUACAACUCUUUUACCUCUUAUGUUCAUGUCUUUGGCAACUCAAAAGAAUGCACCGACAGUCCUUCAAACACCAUCAUCUCUGCAUUCUGCUUACGACUUCAUCAUUGUAGGUGCAGGAUCGGCGGGAUCUACAGUGGCAGCUCGUUUAUCCGAACUACCGUGCUGUAAUGUGCUUUUACUAGAAGCAGGAAAUGUAGGACCAUUGUUAAAUGAUAUACCUGGAUAUGCAAGAAAUUACUAUUUCGAUGACAUUAAUUGGAUGUACAAAACUACACCACAAGAAAACACAGCUCGGUUGCACGUAGAUAGAAGUGUAAAUUGGCCCAGUGGAAAAGGUCUUGGUGGCUCAAGUCUUUUAAACGCCAUGCUGUAUAUUAGAGGAAAUAAGAAGAACUACGAUGAUUGGGCGGAGGACGGAGCAAAAGGAUGGAGUUACGAGGAAGUACUUCCGUAUUUUCUGAAGCUUGAAGAUGAGCGGGAUUCUCGAUAUUACGAACCUGAAUACCAUUCUACUGGGGGACCAAUGGCAGUUGAAUCUCCAAAUUACCACCCUAUUAUUGAAGAUCCGAUAUUUGAAGCUGCUAGAAAUAUGGGGUACGAAAUCGUUGAUCCUAAUGCCGAGAAACAAACUGGAUUUGUGGAAGUUCAAGGGUCUCUUCGUAACAUGCAAAGGUGGAGCACUGCGAAAGCUUACUUGGUGCCUGCGGAACACAGAAAAAACUUACAUAUUCUUACAAAUGCUUACGUGACUAAGAUAUUGUUCCAGAAUAAUAGAGCAGUCGGUGUUUCAUUUGAAGUGAAUGGAGAAAUGUACGUAAUAGGAGCAAAGAAAGAAGUAAUUGUAUCUGCUGGUAGUGUGAAAACUCCUCAAUUGUUGAUGCUCUCUGGAAUUGGACCAAAAAAUGAUCUUAAAAACUUUAGAAUUCCUGUCGUAGCUGACCUUCCCGUAGGGCACAAUUUGCAAGACCACUGUUCAACUCCUAUGAAUUUCGCUUUGGAUUCUAAUUUAGAGACUGCAGACGAACAGUUUGCAGAUCCUAACAUAACCGAGCAAUACAUCAAUCACCGAAAAGGCAUUUUGGCUGGACCAUUUAGUGCCGUUGCUAUGGCAUUUUUAAGAGGUUCAUGCACCAAACCUGAAAAGGAUUUUCCAAACUUUGAACUUUAUUUUAAUUCUGGAUCUACGGCUGUCAACAAAGCUCUGUCUGAUGUUUUGAUACCUGGGGCAUAUCAACAGAUAUUUGGACCUUACGAAAAUAAGCCUUUUUAUCAGUGUAUUGCACAGCAUCUGCAGCCAAAAAGCAGAGGAUAUGUAAAGUUAAACUCCACAAAUCCUUAUGACCCACCAAUCAUUAAUCCUAAUUAUUACGAUGAUCCACAAGAUCUUAGGGACGUUGUUGAAGGACUAAGAGUUUGUUACAAGAUCGGAACUAGCAGAGCAAUGCGAAAAAUUGGAUCAAAACCUUUUGCUACAGUUUUUCCAGGCUGCGAAAGGUUUUCGCUGAAUAGUGACGAAUAUUUCGCGUGCAUGGCAAGAUCAUUGGCCCUCACCAUAAGUCAUUAUGUUGGAACUGCGAAAAUGGGUGCUGUAGACGAUCCAAGAACAGUAGUAGAUCCUCAAUUGAAGGUGAAGGGUAUCAGGGGUCUUCGUGUGGUGGAUGCGUCUGUGUUUCCCAUUCUAACAUCUGGAAACACGAACACUCCAACAAUUAUGGUGGCAGAAAAAGCUGCAGACAUGAUUAAAGCGAGUACUAAUUGCUAGAGACGCAUUUCAAUGGUUUAAUCCAGAUUUGGUUUCACAGAGUUAGUUACCUAUUCUAUUAGCAUAAAAUUGAAGUCUAAUAAAUUUGCUUGCUCUCCAA